GAAUCGAUUCUUCCGCCUCCUCGCGCUCUCUCUCUCCCCCCUCUCUCCUAGCCGCUUGCAAAGCGUCUUCAUUAGCGGAGGGGGCGGUGGAGGUGGCGGUGGAGAUUGUGAUCGAAGCGAGAUGGCCGAUGGCGAGGAACAGCAGCUGCAGCAGCAGGAACAACAGCAGCAGCAGCUGCUGCGGCUGCCGUGCGGCGCUGACGAGGAGCGAUGGCGAGCCGUGUCACUCACUCAUGUCGAAUUCCCACCAGGGGACAUGCUGGGCAAGGCGCUGGCGUGGUGCAGCCUGGCGCCCAUCUUCAUCGUCUUUGGCUUCGUGACCCUCAUCGCCUUCAAGCGAGAGCUGCACACGAUCGCGUUCAUGUGCGGCCUGCUGGUGAACGAAGGCCUCAACUGGGUCAUCAAGCAUGUGAUCCGCGAGCCCCGGCCAAACAGAGAUUGCCGCGAGGCGCUCUUCACGGAGUACGGGAUGCCCUCCAGCCACGCGCAGUUCGUCUGGUUCUUCGCCGUCUACUCCUUCCUGUUCCUCUACUUCAGGAUGCAUCACACGACAAACGCGCGCUGUGUGGACCUGCUGUGGAGGCACGUGCUCUCCGUGGCGCUGCUGCUGCUCGCAAUCUGCGUCACCUACAGCAGGGUGUACCUGCUGUACCACUCGGGCAGCCAGGUCGUGUACGGAGCGUUUGCCGGCACCGUCAUGGCCGUCGCCUGGUUUGGCCUCACCCAGGAGAUCCUCACCCCCAUCUUCCCCUUCGUCGCAUCCUGGCCGGUGUCGGAGUUUCUCCUCCUGCGUGACACCAGCCUCAUCCCCAACAUCCUGUGGUUUGAGUACACGGUGACCCGCAGCGAAUCCAGGGCCAGGCAGCGCAAGCAAGGAGUCAAGUCACAGUGACGUUUCAGCCACCCACACUUCCACCGCCAUCGAUAAAACCGCUUGAAUCAUUUUUUUUUUAUAAAAAUUGCCGUCUGCGACAAUUAAUGAUCUUUUAUUUUUGUUUUCCAAAAUUGUUAAAAAAAUGUAUUAUUAUUAUUUCAGAGACGCCGGUUUGUUUUUUCUUUCUUUUAAUUUUCUUUCCUUUUAUCCGGGCCGGCCGCAGUGUUACGAGCUCUGCCGGUGCGUUUCUUUAGUGGUCGGGAAGUCUGCGGCCGCGGCGGUGACGGUGGUGGUGUGGGUGGCGCGGGCCGUGACGUGGGCUCCCCACGUUGGUCGAGAGGGGUGAGAGAGAGGGAGGAGGAGGGGGGGGUGAGAGGGGGGGGUCCCUACCCCCCCCCCCCACAUCGUUUUGCGUUUUUUUUAGUUUUGUCAUUUUGCUACUUUUCAAAGUCUCCGUGGAGGUAUAACUUUUUUAAGCUGUCGGGCGCGACCACAUUUUGCGUUGCCUUCAUCUCUUUCUCCCCCCCCUCCGUCGCACGCCACGGUUUUGUAUUUCUACCGAUGGAGAUGUUAGCGGCAACACCGCAAGCAGCGGCCAGUGUUGUGGUUAGGGAGGGGCGGGGAGAGUGAGGACCCGGUGUGUUUUUUGGAAGCUGUCGUUCCUGGUGGCUACGGCUGAGCUGCUCCAUGCACAGCAGCCAUCAUUGCCGCCCCCCCCCCUCCACUUACCGGCAGGCUAACGGAGCUCGCUUUAGUAGGGACGGCUGCCACUCGCCUAGACCACGUGGGCAGCAAUCCUCACCCUACCGACCAAAGUAAUAUGCACUAGGAGGUGCCCUAAGUUCGACCCACGUGGAAGCAAUCCCAUCACCCCCAGUACCGGUUGACUCGAGCACCUGCCUGUAGGCACUGGGUACAGCUGCCUGCCACUAGGGGCUCCCCUAGGCUUGGACCACAUGGUAUCAAUCGCAUCGCCCCCUCUACCGGCAGGCGAAUGCACCUGGCUCUAGUAGACACAGGUGCGUAGCUACCCUAGGCUAGACCACGUGAUAUCAAUCCCAUCGCCCCCUCUACCGGCAGGCGAAUGCACCUGGCUCUAGUAGACACAGGUGCGUAGCUGCCCUAGGCUAGACCACGUGAUAUCAAUCCCAUCGCCCCCUCUACCGGCAGGCGAAUGCACCUGGCUCUAGUAGGCACAGGUGCGUAGCUACCCUAGGCUAGACCACGUGAUAUCAAUCCCAUCGCCCCCUCUACCGGCAGGCGAAUGCACCUGGCUCUAGUAGACACAGGUACAUAGCUACCCUCGGCUAGACCACGUGGUAUCGAUCCCAUCGCCCCCUCUACCGGCAGGUGAAUGCACCUGGCUCUAGUAGACACAGGUACAUAGCUACCCUCGGCUAGACCACGUGGUAUCGAUCCCAUCGCCCCCUCUACCGGCAGGUGAAUGCACCUGGCUCUAGUAGACAUAGGUACAUGGCUACCCUAGGCUAGACCACGUGGUAUGAAUGACAUCGCCCCCUCUACCGGCAAUUGAGUGUUUGUUAAAUGGGUCAACUGGUGGAAUACAUUGCCCCGUGGGGAGGGGCUACAAGGGUCGUGUUGUCCACCCUCACCCCUCUGUGUGGCACAGUGCCCCCGGCCCUUCCGUAGGUGCUGCUGCUGCUGCUCGCUGAACAGCCCUUGCCCCGGCAGUCCGUGGUAGGCUAUGCGGUGGGGGGGAGCAACCUUUGUCUUUGGUGCCGAAUGCUGCACUCUGCGCCACCUGUAACUCGCCCUCCACUCCCUCUCGCCUCCACCCAACACUCGCCCCAACACAUCAGCCAGCCAGCGUUGUGCGUUUGUGGGUGCGGUGUUUAAGAGGUUUUUAUUUGGGGGGGGGGGGGGUAGCGUCGUUCGCUACAACCACGAAUCGUAAUCGUCAUCAUCGCAGAUCUACCAUUUGCCAGUGUCGACAGCCAUCGUCACCAUCAACGCCACCAUUCUCAACGAUCAUUGCAACACGAUCAUCUACACCACACUCUCUCUAACGCUCAUCACCGCCACCACUAGCAUCAACACCACACUCUACAACACUCACCACCACCACUACAAUCUCCAACGCUCAUCACCGCCACCACUAGCAUCAACACCACACUCUACAACACUCACCACCACCACUACAAUCUCCAACGCUCAUCACCGCCACCACUAGCAUCAACACCACACUCUCCAGUACUCGUCACCACCACUACAAUCUCCAACGCUCAUCACCGCCACCACUAGCAUCAACACCACAAUCUACAACACUCAUCACCGCCACCACUACAAUCAACACCACAAUCUCAAACGCUCAUCACCGCCACCACUACCAUCAACACCACAAUCUACAACACUCAUCACUGCCACCACCACCAUCAACACCACAAUCUCCAACACUCAUCAGAGCCACCACUACAAUCAACACCACAAUCUACAACGCUCAUCACCGCCACCACAAUCUCCAACACUCAUCAGAGCCACCACUACAAUCAACACCACACUCUCUAACGCUCAUCACCACCACUACAAUCUCCAACACUCAUCACCGCCACCACUAGCAUCAACACCACACUCUCUAACACUCGCCACCACCACUACCACCAACACCACAAUCUACAACGCUCAUCACCACCACCACUACACUCUACAACACUCAUCACCACUACCACCAUCAACACCACAAUCUACAACCAUCACCAACCAUCCACCACCUCGAUAAUCGCGACCUACCACCAACGCCACCACCACCAGCCAUGUGUGCGGUGGUGGCGGUGUUCAUCAAUCCUCCUCCUCCUGAAGUGCUCGGUGUUGUGUCCGGGAGAGGGUGGGGUAACGGGGUUUGGAUCACAGAAGGGAUUGCCAACUUGGCAAUGUUGUACCAAAUGCGGUGUUGUGUUUCUAUGUAA